GCUUUAAAGUAAUUUCGUAAAUCAAAACCUUUGUUUUCAAUGUCAGCUUAAAAUUUGUAUGUACUCCACAGAAGUUUAGUGUCAUCAAGCUUCUUGUACAGUCGAGACGCUUUACUUUCUGCAAAAGACAAAUACCGCUAACAGAGAUAUGAGUUUGUGUCGAUUUGCCUUUGUCGUCACAGCGAUCGUGGCUUUAUCUUUUUCUACAUCGACAAGUGGUCAACAACUGACAAGCGGCGGCGAAGAAAGCUCAGCAAUGGGUCUAACAUCGUCAACAGACAACAGUCAUAAAGAUACGCCGAAAAUGAGUGGAAAUAUAAAAAUUGUCGACUAUGAUUUUGUUAAGAAUCUGCCAAAUUUGCAUCCUGAAAUUCUAUUAAUUGAUGUACGCGAACCGCAGGAAUUGCAAGAGACAGGACAAAUUCCAACAAGUAUUAAUAUACCAUUGGCCACCGUAAAACAGGUAUUGGGAGAGCAGACGUCGGCAGAGGAAUUUAAACAGAAGUUUUCGCGAGAGAAACCCUCUUUGGAUAGUCCAAUUGUUUUCUAUUGUCGCUCGGGCAGAAGAUCACAAAUGGCAGCUGAGACUGCAGUCGCUUUGGGUUAUACCAACAUCAUGAAUUACAAGGGAUCUUGGUUGGAUUGGGCUAAACAUGAGGGAUUGCCACAAUAAAAGGUGUACAUUUUUUUUACUAAAAAUUUGAUCAAUAUACUUAAUUUAUUUAAUAAAAAUAAUUAUCUAUGCGA